UGAGCGGCUGGGGGUAGAGCCCAGGUCCCGGGGAGCGCUGCCCGCCCACGCGGCCGGAAAGCUGGGGGUGGGGUCCCCGUGGAGGGCGGGGCCGGCCGGUGCAGACUAGCGCGCCAGCCUAGCGCAGCGCGGCGCGGGUGGCUCGCCUAGUGCUGGCGCUCGACUUCGCGACCAUGGAGGGACCCCAGAAGUUUCUGAGUGGGAAACUCCGCCUGUGCUUCGCCCCGGCUGCGCGGACUAGUCUCCUGCUGCUCAGGCUCAACGAUGCGGCGCUGCGGGCUCUGCAGGACUGUCAGCAGCAACAGGUCCGGCCAGUGAUCGCUUUCCAAGGCAACCGAGGGUAUCUGAGGUUCCCUGGACCUGGCUGGUCCUGUCUGUUUUCCUUCGUGCUGUCCCAGUGUGGCCAGGAACUUGGUGGUGGAGGUGGCAGUUUGGACCUUGUGUGCCAGCGCUUAGGCAGAUCGGCACCUAACCUCCUCCAUUGCCUGGGCCCACUCAGAGAGCGCCUCACUAUUUGGACAGCUAUGGAUUCGACAUCCCCAGUUCAGGGAUCCCAUCUGCUCGAUGACAGGAAUCCUGACAGCUGGCACAGCACCACAGACUACACUGGAGAAGCCGCUGUAUCCCGGCCCCAGGAGGCACUAGAGGAGGCACCAGGUCCAUUGGCAAACAGCCAAGGACAGUCACUCCCAGGAUCCUCGAGGGAACCCAUGGCACAGUGGGAAGUGAGGAAUCAGACCCAUAUUCCAAACAGAGAGCCUGAUCAGACACUGCCUUCUUCCACCAGCCAGAAACAUCUAGCCAAGAAACGUCCAGCAACAGCAGCUCUAGACCAAAAAGAAAAAAGGCUCAGAACUUUGCAUUCAGCAUCAAGUCCCCUACAAGGUCUGUCCAAUCAGGAUCUACAAGAAGAAGAAGAUGAUGAUGAUGAUGAUGAUGAUGAUGAUAAUGAUGAUGAUGACGACUGGGAGGAAGAAGAUAAAGAAGAAGACCUGGGUCCCAGGCUGGGACACAGUCCCUCAGAUCAGGCAGACUCUGAAUCCCCAAGUCCUGAAGAGGUACCAGAUUACCUCCUACAGUACACCGCCAUCCACAGUGCAGAGCAGCAACAGGCUUAUGAGCAAGACUUUGAGACAGAUUAUGCUGAGUACCGAAUCCUGCAUGCUCGUGUUGGAGCUGCAAGCCAGAGAUUCGUAGAACUGGGAGCAGAGAUCAAGAGAGUUCAGCGAGGAACUCCAGAACACAAGGUGCUGGAAGAAAAGAUACUGCAGGAAUAUAAAAAGUUCAGGAAGCGAUACCCAGGUUACAGGGAAGAAAAGCAUCGCUGUGAGUACCUGCAUCAGAAAUUAUCCCACAUUAAAGGACUCAUCCUGGAAUUUGAGGAAAAGAACAGGGGAAGCUGAAGGGUUUUUAGUCUGUGCAUUGUAAGGUACAAGGAAAAAGCAGUCAUAAACGAGAGUCCAAUUGUUUGUUCUUGUUGCUGAGUCCAGGGUGGCAAGUAGUAAAGCUGCUUCUGGUUCUAAUGGUUUUUCAUUGUUGCCAUUUUCAGGGUGUGGGCAGUGCUAGUCCUUGUAGAAUUCGUGACUACACAAGUCCUUCUGUGAUCAGCUUAAGAAAAGUAGCAGAGGCUUGGUUUCCUCACCUUUAGUUUGGUCAAAUCAUUUUCAAAUCCUGAGAAAUGGCACAAUUCCUAGGACAAAGUGCCUUUAAGACAUUAGUAAUAUUAAAUGAAUUAAGGAGGUAGCUCAAAGGGCUGGAGAGCAUUUUAUUUGCAAGAAGUCUGGAUUCAAUUCCUAGCACCAUGCACAAUCCCGAGCUAAGAGCACUUGCUGAACACUGCUGGGUAUGGUCCAGAAACAAUCAUGAUGGAACAGAAAAUGAAUGAAGCCUGGCAUCCUUCCUAAAGAUAAUGAGAACUUCUAGUAAUGGAGCUAAAGGAACUUGUAAUACCUGGAUAUAAUGGGAGAAGGCUUGGGUAUUAACUUGUGUACUGAAAAUGAAUUUUUACAAACAUGGUUUUAAAAUGAGAAAUGCUUCUGUGUCCUUUGUACAAAUUUAAGGCUUUCCUUGGGCUGGGAAUAUGGCUUAGUGGUAAAGCACAUGCUUGGCAAGCAAGGAGCUCUGGGUUCACCCAGCAUGACAAAACCGUUUUAAAUUCUGGGUAUAUUUGAAGCUCUCUAGAUUCAGGACCAGAGUGACAGAACAAUGAAUAGGGCGCUUGCCUUGUAUGCAGCAGACCCGGGUUCUAUCCCCAGUGUCCCACAUGAUCCCCGGAAAUCCACCAAAUCCACCUCAAAAAGAUUCCUGGCUUCUUGAGCCAGGAAUAACCCCUGAGCAUCGCUGGUAGGGAAGUGCGUCAGUGAUACAGCAUUUGCCUUACGUAUAAAUGAGGCCAUGGGCGCCCACAUACACACACACCCCUCAGAUCCCAACACGCACACCCACACCCACACACACCCCUUACGCACCAGCCUAGAUCUUAUGAAUUAUUUUCCCAGAUUGUGGUUUAGACUAUGGUUUAGGCAUUUUUACUUUUUCAAAGCAGUAUGAACGAUCCUGAUAAUACAUUUCUAUCAACUCUACCAAAUCCACCUCAAAAUUAACAAGUAGAGAUUAGAGUGGAAUCUAGCUCUCCUUUUCUAACAGAAGUUGUGGCUCACCCACAAUUAGGGAUCCUAUCUAAUUAGUUGCUGAAAACUCUGUGAACAAGAUGUAGAAUUCACAACAAAGAAGAAAAUGGUUCAAUUCAUCAGAACAAAAGACUAUACGAACUCUAUCCUUUUUGUUCCUUAUUGUUGUAAAACGAAAUUCAGUCAUAACCAGAUACAACACUACCAUUCAUAGCUCCACUGAAAAGGGAAGUUAAUGGGACAAACCUUGUGCUUUCGGGGCAAGAGAGCAGCAUUCAGCAGUAUAAAAAAUUCCUUGGACAACUUAGAA